AUGUUACCUCCAGAAAUCCAACGUAUUGUGCUGCUGGUUGCGCUUGCCGCUACAGGCUAUUUAAUGAUUCUGGCCUGGAACGAUGACAUGCAGGAAGCGAAAGCACCGGUACAUUAUGACGAAGCACCUUUGUCCGUUAACGGCAUGGAUACACCCGCUGUCACUGUAGGGGAUUUACCGCAAACUCAGGCAUCACCUUCAGCAAGCGGCAGCGAUAUACCUGAUGCUUCCCUGCUUGCUCCGGGUAACACUGCGUCCGUGGACCCGAGCACCAUAACUGCUUUGCCCGCUGCUUCGAAUCUGCUGGAGGUCACCACGCCUACUUUGCACGUCUGGAUUGAUCUGGUGGGAGGCGACAUCGUCCGUGUACAGCUGCCUGAAUUUCCUAUUGAAAUUGACCAACCAGACAUUCAUUUUCAGCUGUUAAACAACUCAGCAUCGCAAACCUACAUUGCACAAAGUGGUCUGAUUGGUCCGGAUGGCCCGGAUGCUGGGCCCGGACGAGCGGUUUACACCACAGAGCAAAGCAAAGUGAGGAUUGCAGCUGGCGAAGAAAAAGAAGUAGUUCUGCGUCAUGUAGCCGAUGGUGUGCGCAUGGAUAAAGUCUUCACAUUCCGCGGUGAUGACUAUCUGGUUGAUGUACGUUUCGAACUCGCUAAUCUCAGUAGUGCAACCAAACAAGCGGCGAUGUUUGCGCAAAUCAAGCGCGAUACCCGCCCGCCGCCAAAUCAGGAUUCAUUUGCUCUAGCGCCAAGACCUUACCUCGGCGCGGCGCUGACUACCCUGGAUGAGCGUUAUAAAAAGGUCGAUUUUGAAGACAUUGAUGAUGAUGGCCCUCUUGAUGAAACGCUGAACGGGGGUUGGAUUGCUUUUCUACAGCACUAUUUUCUGUCUGCCUGGAUUGCGCCAGCAGAACAAACCAACCGCUUCAACGCGCGUCGCAGCGCAGAUGGCACCUACCUGUUUGGCUUUACCAGCCCACUGCAACAGGUAGCGCCCGGCGCGACAGGUACCUGGGAUGCACAGUUUUAUGCGGGCCCUAAAGACCAGAAACGUCUGGAAGAGAUUGCAGAGAACCUGAACCUCACCGUGGACUACGGAUUUCUGUGGUGGAUUGCUGUGCCCCUGUUCUAUCUGCUUGAUUUCCUGCACGGUCUGGUAGGCAACUGGGGGCUGGCCAUCAUCCUGCUCACAGUGGUAGUGAAAGUCGUUUUAUAUCCGCUGUCAGCAGCAGGUUAUAGAUCAAUGGCCAACAUGCGUCGUGUGGCGCCAUUGAUGAAGCGAUUGCAGGAACGUUACGGCAGCGAUCGCGAGAAGUUGUCUAAAGAAAUGAUGGCACUGUAUAAAAAAGAAGGUGCCAACCCCCUGGGCGGCUGUCUGCCCAUGUUGCUGCCCAUGCCGAUUUUUAUUGCGCUUUACUGGGUACUGUUUGAAUCCGUUGAACUGCGCCAGGCACCGUUUUUCCUGUGGAUCAACGAUCUCGCGGUAAUGGAUCCGUUUUUCAUCCUGCCGUUGUUAAUGGGUGCCAGCAUGUACUGGAUGCAGACUCUUAACCCCCAGGUUGGUGAUCCAUUGCAGAUCAAAAUGAUGAAGAUGAUGCCCAUCAUGUUUACCGUGCUGUUUCUGUUCUUCCCCGCCGGUAAUGCAGUGGCCACUUCUCUGCACGAUGAUCUGAUAGCGGCCGUUGCCACGCCUCCGGGUCAGGGAGGUCAGGUUGUGGCGCGUCUACAACAGGGUAUUGACCGCCUGCAGCAACUCAAGCUGGAUUCUGUGCAGGGUCAAUUGUUGAACGAAGGCGCAUCUGUUGCUCUGCUUGGGGCGCCAAAUGCAGGGAAAUCCAGUUUGCUGAACGUGCUGUCCGGUGAAGAAGCCGCUAUUGUCACAGAUAUACCCGGGACCACCCGGGAUCUACUGAAAGUCGACUUACUGCUGGAUGGGUUGCCCCUGCGUCUGGUGGAUACUGCCGGACUGCGCGAGAGUGCUGACCAAGUAGAGCAGAUGGGUGUAGCCCGCGCCAAGGCUCAGGCUCAGCAGGCGGAUCUUCUGCUGAUAGUCGUGGAUGCCACUGCCAUAGCAGCCACCGGGUUAGAUGCUUAUGUCUCGGAUCUGCUCAGCAGCGUGAAUGUAGAUCUGGACUCACUUCCUGCCAUCGUGGUUCUCAACAAAAUCGACCUGUUGCCAGAACCGGAAACAGCGUUUGCCGGCGACUUCAUCAUUGUGCAGGUGUCUGCUUUACAGGGCACCGGAUUGUCGCAUGUGGCUGCACUGGAGCUGGCCCUGGACCAUCUGGAUGAGGCAAAACGACUCAUAGAUCUGGGUGAAGACACCGAGAUAGCAGCCGAAGAGAUGCGUUUUGCCCACAAUGCCCUGGGUGAAAUUGUUGGAACGGUUACCCCGGAUGACCUGUUGGGCCGAAUAUUCAGUGAAUUCUGUAUAGGCACGGAAGCAGCCGCUGCGUCGGCGCGCAUGGGCGUGCGGACGCUAUUGUUGACCCAGAAUAUUGAAACCAUAGGUCAGAUGUCCUGCAAUCCAGCUAUUGGUGGUAUUGGUAAGAGUCAUCUGGUGGCUGAAAUUGACGCCAUGGAUGGUCUGAUGGGUAAAGCCGCAGAUCUGUCAGGCAUACAUUUCAAGGUAUUGAACGCCAGUAAAGGACCGGCUGUAAGAGCUACCCGUGCUCAGGCGGAUCGGGCUUUGUACAAAAACGCCAUACGUGAUCUGUUAGAACACCAGCCCAAUCUGCAUAUCUUCCAGCAGUCGGUUACCGACUUUGUGAUAGAAAAUGAUCGUGUAAAAGGCGUUGAUACACAGAUGGGGUUGCGCUUUUCCUGUGACAGUAUUGUGUUGACCACGGGUACCUUUCUAGGUGGAAAAAUUCAUAUCGGCACAGAAAACCAUGCUGGUGGACGUGCAGGAGAUGCUCCUUCGAUUGCGUUGGCCGAGCGCUUGCGCGCCUUGCCAUUCAGAGUGGGUCGCUUGAAAACCGGUACCCCGCCGCGCAUUGAUGGACGCACGGUUGACUUCAGCGAGCUGCAGGCACAACCAGGUGACGAUCCGAGACCGACGAUGUCAUUGUUGGGUGAUCCUGCCACACACCCACGACAGGUUGACUGCUACAUUACAGAAACAAACGCACAGACUCACGACAUCAUCCAGAACAAUAUAGAACGAUCUGCGAUGUACAGCGGUGCUAUUGAAGGAGUUGGCCCUCGCUACUGUCCCAGUAUUGAAGAUAAAGUUGUGCGUUUUGCAGACAAAACAUCGCAUCAGAUUUUUAUUGAACCUGAAGGUCUCAACACAACGGAGCUUUAUCCCAACGGUAUUUCUACCAGCCUGCCGUUUGAUGUGCAGUUGCAGUUUGUGCGCAGCAUAAAAGGGUUUGAAAAUGCACAUAUUUCCAGACCGGGUUACGCCAUUGAAUACGACUACUUUGAUCCUCGUUAUGAAGAAGCGGGUGCGCAAGGUUUGCUGGCAGGCAUUAACGUUGUUCGCAACCUGUCGCUGGAUCAUGUUGAGGUGGCGGAAGGUGAUUUCGGGCAGAUGAUUGCUGACGAUGAUAUGUACGACACGAUAACCGCCCGGGGUGUAACGACAGCUCCAGAGGUUUGGGCUAUGGUGGGGAAACACGUUUCAGCAGCCGGCCGGAUACUGGUAUACGAGAGCACACAGAUGAAUAUGGAAGAAGACGAGCAGCUCCCUGCAGCAUCAACCCUGGCAGAUUCCACAAAGGUCCUGCUGGUUGAUCUGGAUGCUCAAGGCAAUGCAACCAUGGGUUGCGGUAUAGAUAAAAACACUGAUCUCGCCACGACUUACGAAUGGCUGGUGGAAGAUAAACCUGCCAGUGAAAUAGUUGUGCAUUGUCAGGGUGGUUUUGACGUGUUGCCGUCGAACCUGGAUUUAACAGCGGCGGAAGUUCACCUCAUGCAAUCUGAGGGGCGUGAAUUUCAGAUACGUCAGCGGUUGCAGGCCCAGGCACAGGCUUACGACUAUGUCAUCAUCGAUUGCCCACCCAGUUUGAGUAUAUUGACGGUCAACGCACUGGUGGCGGCAGAUGGUGUGCUGAUCCCGAUGCAGUGCGAAUACUACGCGCUGGAAGGUUUGUCUGCCCUGCUGGAAACCGUAGAGGGGAUUCAAAGUGGGCCGAACCCGGACCUUGUGGUUGAAGGUAUUUUGCGCACCAUGUAUGACCCCCGUAACAGCCUGACCCGUGAUGAGAAUUUCGACAGAAACACCAACGCAGAUCAGAAAGGUGCAGGUGACGAUUCCAGCGCGGUGCAGUCAGCCGCCGUCGGACAGGCAGCCCAGUCCACAGUUGAAUCCGGUAUCGAUAUAACGGCCAUCACUCCCAGCCCCUAUCAGCCGCGACGGCAGUUUGCAGAAGAAGCGCUGCAGGACCUGGCUAACUCGAUCGCGCGCCAGGGCCUGUUACAACCGAUCGUGGUGCGCAAAAAGGCCAAUGGCGGCUAUGAGUUGAUCGCUGGUGAGCGGCGUUGGCGUGCGGCAAAACGUGCGGGAAUGACCAAGAUCCCUGCAGUUGUCAAAACUGUGUCGGAUGAGCAGGCGUCUGCCCUUGCACUGAUUGAAAACAUGCAGCGGGAAGACCUGAAUGCCAUGGAAGAGGCACUGGGCCUGGCGCGGUUACGCGAUGAAUUCAACCUUACGCAACAGGAAAUUGCAGAUUCAGUGGGUAAAUCCCGGGCAGCAAUUGCUAAUCUUUUACGAUUAACGAAUCUGGGUUCAGUGACCCGCGGCUUACUGGAGCGUGGCGCGCUGGAAAUGGGCCAUGCCAGGGCGCUGCUUGCGUUGGACGGUUUGACACAGGACCGAAAAUCCACAGCGCCUGCCGCACCAGUGCGACAGGAUCCUGAUACUGCUCGCCUGGAGCGCCGUAUAACCGAACAGAUCGGAAUGUCGAGCCUGGUACCCACCGCGUAUUACGCCUGGGUUCUGGGUCGCACCUUAAACGCAGGACGCCUGCUUCUUCAUGGCGUAUUGCGGAGUGUGCUGACAAUGACGGCGCUGGCGCUGUGCAUUGUCCUAACGGCCAUUGAGCCGCUGGGAUUUUUUAGCACAUUUGCCCUGAUGCAGUUGAGCUUCUUAGACACAUUAAUGGCCGGAAGUGCAGAAGAGUAUAUUGCGCAUCACCUGACAAACCUGACCUAUGGCCAGUUGCCUGACGGUUCCUGGGGUUUUGCGCAAACGGCUGAAGAAGUCGCGGGCAUGGGUUUCUGGUCCCUGAACGUGGACUCCAUGGCAUGGGCAAUUGGUUUAGGCCUGGUGUUUUCUUUUCUGUUCCGACGUGCCGCUGUCAUAGCAACGUCUGGUGUGCCCGGUGGAUUGCAGAACUUUGUUGAGAUGAUUAUUGAGUUCAUCGAAGAAACCACCGACAGUGUUUUCCAGCAUAAAAACGAUUUAAUUGCCCCGCUUGCACUGACCAUCUUUGUGUGGGUGUUUCUGAUGAACCUGAUGGACCUGAUACCGGUGGACUGGAUUCCAUCACUGGCCUCUGCUCUGGGUGCGCCUUAUUUCAAGAUUGUGCCCACCACAGACCCCAACAUCACCAUGGCGAUGGCGCUCACUGUGUUCGGCAUGAUUAUUUACUACAGCAUUAAGUGCAAAGGUGGCAUUGGCUUCCUGAAAGAACUGAUGUUUCACCCUUUUCCACCUUUUAUGUUUCCCAUCAACUUUAUCCUGGAAGGUGUCACGCUUAUCGCCAAGCCUUUGUCAUUAGGGCUGCGGCUGUUUGGCAACAUGUACGCGGGUGAGAUGAUCUUUAUUCUGAUUGCGUUGAUGUUUGGCGCGGGUAUUGGAUUCUUCAUCUUUGGUGGCGUGCUGCAAUGGGUGUGGGCUGUGUUCCACAUUCUGGUCAUCUCAUUACAGGCAUUUAUUUUUGCGGUACUCACGGUUGUGUACCUUGCUCAAGCCCACGACGUGGAUGAGCACUAG